CCUCUUUACUACGCCACCCUCUUUACUACGAGUGUAUUGAUUUACAAGUGGAUAAUUUCAUGCUGCGUAUACCAAGCCAGUUUAUAGAUCCUUUUGUAUUUGCAAACUUUGCCGCAAGAGGGCGAUGCGGGCAAGUUGGUGGCAGAACACGGGGGAGUUCUUAUAGAACGCCAGCAAAAAGCCUCUAUUUACAUGCUGUUUAUUAGUGCAUUUCACACUACUUUUGGAUUAUAAUUGGAUGUUUAGGCUCGUAUGAAUGUCCUGCUUAAUAUCAUGUGUGUAUCAUAAUUGCAAAUCAACUGCAUUAUGCUUAAAAAAACACUUCAACUUCAACCAGUAAAAUGGCGCUUUGGCUAACUUUUGCUAGUUUAUGCCAAUGAGCAUAAGCAUUCUAGAUAACAACUGCUGCAUCCAAAAUAAUUAUUUUACAAAAAAACAUUUGGAGAUGGCUUUCUUACUGCAGCCAAGAGUCGCGCGUGACGUCAGUAUGUAGUGUACUGAAAAGGGUCUACGGGCAUCAAUCACCUGUAAACAGACAAGUGAGGUUUGAGGUCAUGCUGAGGAGUAUUUCUGUCUGUAAUAAAGCCCUUUUAUGGGAAAAAAUGGGUCGGUCCUUGUUUCCAAGUGGGUGGACCUAUGCUCUCCCAAACCCAACCAUGGCUCCACCCCUGCCCAGUCAUGUAAAAUCCAUAGAUUAUGGCCUAAUUAUUUUAUUUCAAUUGAUUGAUUUCCUUCUAUGAACUGUAACUCAUCGAAAUCAUUGGAAUUGUUGCAUGUUACGUUUAUAUUUUUGUUCAGUAUAUUUGUAAUCACACAUUUGGUGUUAAACAAUUGCUGUUCAAUAUACGCAGUUAUCUACGUGAAUGAAAUUCAAUGUCCAUGAUGACCCUGGAAAUUAUUAUUAUUUAUUUAUUUUAUAUAUUACUAUAUAGCAGGGAAUACAGUCAUUACUUAUAAGAGCAAUUCUGCAUGUUUGAUGUGUUCCCACGGAUAUGCAUUCGGUAUUUUUCUAGUGAUGAUAUUCAGAACACAUAGAUAUUUCUAGUGGCACAAAUGCAACCUUCUGGCAAACAUUGACACUAUGGCCCCUGAGUGGAAUAUAUGUAGGGCUAAACGAAAUCAGAAGGGGUGAUUACCCAGCCAUUUUAGGUACACACACAGUUAUUGCAGUGAAAAGAAUGGGUCUAGUACUGAAAAUAAGAAUUAAAGGCUACAACAAAUACAAUUAUUAAUGUACUUCAUGAACAUUUUUAACAAACGUAUUUACUGAUCUAAGACAUUGACACAUGAACCCCCACGAUGUGCAAGUGCUAAUGGUUAGCGCUCAAGUAGUUUUGCUUUGCUAUUGGUGCAAAGUUUCCCGGGAAUAUUACGUGACAACCACAAUUUCGCGCCAAAUUCAUUGCAGCCGCACGACAUAGAUACAUCCUACAGAAGCUAAUCAACCAGAUUUUAUAUCUAGGACCUGUGAUCAUUCAGGAUGUCUUCACCAACAUCAACUCCCGGUGGAAGCAAGCGCAGUAGGGAUGACAUUCCAGGCACUCCCAGCAGUGAUGGCCUGGUCUCUCCUCCUUCCCAGCGGCGACGAGGUCAGGACUCAUCCAACAUGGAUCUGCCAGCCAUGCCCACAUCUCCAGCUACAGAUAUUGCCAGCCCUGCAGUCCAUGACACCUCUCUGUUCUCCAGCCCACGCCGUUCAGUUCUCCCCAGUGAGGUGGACAUGAGCUCCCCUCUGAUGUACGGGACUCCUAGCUCCAGGGUGGAGGGGACCCCCCGCAGUGGCGUGCGUGGCACCCCAGUCAGACAGCGCCCUGACCUGGGCUCUGUCAGGAAGGCCCCCCAGGUGGACCUCCACACCGAGCCGCCAAGAGAAGAUGGUGCAGUAGCCAUUGAGCAGGCAGCGGGACAGAAGCUGGUUAUCUGGGGCACUGAUGUCAACGUGGGAACUUGCAAGGAGAAGUUUCAGAGAUUCCUGCAGAGGUUCAUUGACCCCACUUCUAAUGAGGAUGAGAAUGCUGGUUUGGACCUAAAUGAGCCUCUCUACAUGCAGAAGCUGGAGGAGAUAAGUGUGAUUGGUGAGCCUGUGCUGAAUGUCAACUGCAGCCAUGUGCAGUCCUUUGAUGCAGACCUGUACAGGCAGCUCAUCUCCUACCCCCAGGAAGUCAUACCUACAUUUGACAUGGCCGUCAACGAGCUGUUCUUCGAGCGUUUCCCAGACUCCAUCUUGGAACACCAGAUCCAGGUGCGGCCGUACAACGCCCUGAAGACCAGGAACAUGAGGAGCCUGAACCCUGAAGACAUUGAUCAGAUGAUCACCAUCAGCGGCAUGGUGAUCAGGACCUCCCAGCUGAUCCCAGAGAUGCAGGAGGCCUUCUUCCAGUGCCAGGUGUGUGCCUUCUCUACCCGUGUGGAGGUGGACCGUGGUCGCAUCGCAGAACCUGCAGUGUGCCGCAACUGCAACACCACCCACAGCCUGGCCCUCAUCCAUAACCGCUCUGCCUUCUCCGACAAACAGAUGAUCAAAGUUCAGGAGUCUCCUGAUGACAUGCCUGCUGGGCAGACCCCUCACACCACCAUAGUGUACGCUCACAACGACCUGGUCGACAAAGUACAGCCAGGAGACCGCAUCAACAUCACUGGUAUCUACAGAGCGGUUCCUAUGCGUGAGAACCCUCGCCAGAGCACUGUGAAGUCGGUGUACAAGACCCACAUCGACGUCAUCCACUUCCGUAAGACGGACGAGAAGCGCCUUCACGGACUGGAUGAGGAUUCAGACCAGAAGCUUUUCACUGAGGAGCGUGUCCAGACACUGAAGGAGCUGGCCGCCAAACCAGACGUGUACGAGCGUCUUUCCUCCGCCCUGGCCCCCAGCAUCUACGAACAAGAGGAUAUCAAGAAGGGUAUUCUUCUCCAGCUGUUCGGGGGCACCCGUAAAGACUUCAGCCAGACAGGCCGCGGUAACUUCCGUGCCGAGGUAAACAUCUUGCUCUGUGGAGACCCCGGUACCUCCAAGUCCCAGCUGUUGCAGUAUGUGUUCAACCUGGUGCCCCGCGGUCAGUACACAUCUGGGAAGGGCUCCAGUGCCGUGGGCCUCACAGCCUACGUGAUGAAGGACCCAGAGACAAAGCAGCUUGUACUGCAGACCGGAGCCCUGGUGCUCAGUGAUAACGGGAUAUGCUGUAUUGAUGAGUUUGACAAGAUGAGCGACAGCACACGCUCUGUGCUGCAUGAGGUCAUGGAGCAGCAGACUCUCUCCAUUGCCAAGGCUGGAAUUAUUUGCCAGCUCAAUGCUCGCACCUCCGUCCUGGCAGCAGCCAAUCCCGUGGAGUCUCAGUGGAACCCCAAGAAGACGACCAUCGAGAACAUCCAGCUCCCUCACACACUGCUGUCAAGAUUUGAUCUGAUCUUCCUGAUGCUGGAUCCUCAAGACGAGGCGUACGACCGUCGCCUGGCUCACCACCUGGUGGCACUCUACUACCAGAGCGAGGAGCAGAUCGAGGAAGAGUUCCUGGACAUGGCAGUGCUGAAGGACUACAUUGCAUACGCUCGCACUUACAUCAACCCCAGACUGAACGAAGAAGCCAGCCAGGCACUCAUUGAAGCCUAUGUGGACAUGAGGAAGAUCGGCAGCGGGCGGGGGAUGGUGUCUGCCUACCCCAGGCAGCUGGAGUCUCUGAUCCGACUGGCCGAGGCCCAUGCCAAGGUGCGCUUCUCUGACAAGGUGGAGACAGUCGACGUGGAGGAGGCCAAGAGACUACACCGUGAGGCCCUCAAGCAGUCUGCUACAGACCCCAGGACUGGCUUUGUAGACAUCUCCAUUCUCACAACUGGAAUGAGUGCCACGGCCCGUAAGCGUAAGGAGGAAGUGGCCCAGGCUCUGAAAAAAAUUAUCCAGUCCAGGGGAAAGACCCCUGCAAUGAAAUACCAGCAGCUGUUUGAUGACCUCAGAGGACAGUCUGAAGCCGCAAUAACGAAGGACAUGUUUGAAGAGGCUCUGCGUGCCCUGGCGGAUGAAGACUAUCUGACCGUCACUGGAAAGACUGUUCGCCUCCUGUAAAGAAACACACGCAUCUCCAUUCUUUCCUUGUAUAGUCAUUGAAUUCACACGUAUUUGCCUGUAGCAACAGCUUUCUCUCUGUACUGAAUACUGGUGUGUAAAGAAUGUUUGACUGUGUUGAUGGCUAGCAUUGUAUGCUUUGUGAUUCCUGGUAGUGCUUGGUGUCUCAGAUGUUAUUAUGGUGUGCAAUAAAUAUAUGCUUUUGUA